CUUCUGCUUUUAAGGAAGUGAAGCGCAGCAGGUAAAGCGUCGCGUCGCGUGAGCGUGUUCCGAUAAAAACCGCAGCGCGUCUGAUCCUCGUCAGUCACAUUUCCACGCAGUCCAGCAGCUGCGGUGUGUGCUGUCGAGGCAGUGCGCACUACAGAGUGAACACUAACCACUGCAGAGCUCUGACAGGAGAAGCGCGGGUUCAAACUUGCGCAGCGGCACAGACGGAAGACUGAAGAGAGCAUAACGCUGAACACAGUGAACGUUCAGAGACCCCUGCUGUCACCCAGCCUGUGCCAUCGGCUACAAUGAAUGCCAAAUCGGCCCUCAACAAGGCGAUCUUUAUUCCCAACGAUGAGAGGCUGCUGGCAGCCGUGCAGGUGAAGAGGAGAACGAAGAAAAAGAUCCCGUUUUUAGCUACCGGAGGACCUGGUGACUACACCACAUUCAUUUGCUUAUCAGUGACCAAUAAGAAGCCAGCGCAGGUGUUCCUCACGAAGGUGAAGCAGUUUGAAGGCUCCUCGUCUUUCGUCAGGAGAUCACAGUGGACCAUCAGUCAGCUGCGGCAGGUCAACGGCAUCGACUCCGUCCGAGAUUGCCCAGAGUUUGAUUUGAUAUUUGAGAACGGAUUCGACCAGUGGACUGCGGGUUCAGCUGGAGAGAAGUGUGUGUUUGUCCAGGUCCUGCAUCACACAUGUCAGCGAUUCAUCCCCGAAAGAAAACCAGAGUUCAUCAACUGCCCCUCCAAACUGCUGGGAGGGAACAGCAUCCUGCACGAGGCAGCAGACAGCGUUAGCAGCGCGGUGCAGAAGGCCAGUCAGGCACUGAACGAGCGUGGCGAGAGACUGGGACGCGUCGAGGAGAAGACGGGCGAGAUGAUGAACAGCGCCCAGCAUUUUGCCGACACUGCACACAAGCUUGCCAUGAAGCACAAGUGUUAGGCCACCUUUGCCAUGCUUUUGGAGAAUCUGGUACAAAUUCCUCACCCCUGCUUAACCUCUGCUGUCAGAGAGCGUUACGGGACGUGCAUGAAUAUCAUAUGAAGGACAGUGUGUAUCAACAUGGCUGAGGCCAUGGAUGGGAUACUUGGUCAUUGCAAGCUUAAACAAAGCCUUACUCCUGUGUCCUCACUCUGACAGACCUUAAUUAUCAUUUCAGAAGAUUCAUACAAAGAUGUAAAAUAGUUUCAAGGUUCAAAUGCCUGCUGAUAUAUGAUAUCCCUUCUUUUUUGUUUGCUUGAUUGUUUUAACCUAUUUAGUGUUUGAUAAGUGCCAUCGUGAAAGAAUUUUAGUGCGAUUAUUAGAAAUGUAUGUAUUUUUUUGUAAAAAUCCAUCUAAAGGGUUUGAAAAAAUAGCUUAUUCUAUUUUAGCAUAAUUGUUUUUUUUGUUUUGUUUUUUGCACACACACACAAAAAAAAAAGAAGUAUUUUGCUGAUUUAUUUUUUAUUACUAAUUACAUUAAUAUUACUAUUAAUGGUGCAGUGACCCACAUUUUAAAUAGUGUAGUUCAUCUUAAAUUUUGUGUUGGAAAAUCUACACAGAAGUGCCCUGAGAAAAGACAAGAUUCACACCCUGAGAUGUUACGCUGCAGUUCAGGAAGGGCUGUGUCUUAACUGGAUGUGUGGGAUGUGUAAGUUCACGUACAGUGAAAGAAUGAGAGGAGACGGUGAGGCGAUGCAGCUGCAGCAGUGGGCCAGUCAAAGAAAAUAUCACAUGGCUAUGGUUAAACUAGACUACAAGUGUAGCGUUCAUUUUUAAACCGAGCGAUUUCUGUGUACCUUCAAGUACCAAACGUCUUUGCAGUGGUUUGAUAGCUGUUUGAUUUUAUUUCUUUAUUUUCCCGUACAGCUCACAAUACAGAUCUGGAACCAGCCAGAGCUACUACAGAAACAUGCACUCACACUGCAAAUAUGUACAAUAUAAACUGACAGUCUUAUGGAAUAUUGCAGGUCUCUGAGGAGCAUAAAAAAUUAGCUCUUUUCUUCUCAAACUUUACUAAAAAUAUAUGCAGCUAUUAAAAUAACAUGAAACAUGUAACAUGAAUGUUUACACAUAACAGAUUGUGUAUUG